AUGCUGUCCCCCUUGAUACAAUAUAUCCAACCCGCGCUGCCCCAGCACUGCGAACCAACCUCUCCAUUUCUCGCGGCCGUUUCCUCCUACCUUCACGUCUGCGUACCGACUCCGCUAGCCUUUCUAUCCUCCCUCUUGGGCACUUUCAGCAUAGUCUCGUGGCUAUUCGCACAGCUCCCUCAGAUCUAUAAGAACAUCCAACUCCAGUCAACCUCCGGGCUAUCGCUGUUCUUUCUGGUCGAGUGGUGUCUAGGUGACGCGUGCAAUCUCCUAGGCGCCUUGCUCACCCGACAGGCCGCCUGGCAAGUGAUCGUAGCCGGUUACUACGUCUUUGUCGAUGUCACGCUAGUCUUCCAGUACUUCUGGUACACAAUCUAUCGACGCGGACAAGACGGCUACGGCGUCCUGUCACACUCCCACUAUGAUAAUGGAACCGGGGGCAUUCUGGAGGGUGUCUCCUUCUCGGAGGACGACUCGAUCCGCCAUACACCGCAUCCGGGAGGCAUUCCCGUGUCGACCCCCAAAGACAUGAAGGACCUCAAAGAGCCAACCAUCGGCACUCCCAACGGGCAGUCCCCGUCCUACAGCAACGAGAAGUACAGCACCUCCCGCCGAUCCAUCAUCCGCACCAGCAGCAGCGGGCCCAGUUUGCCUAUCGGCUCACCGCGCACCCUCCUACUCGCAUCCAUGCUCUGUGCCGUCCUCGCCAAUGCUGCCCCUACCGAGGUUGAAGCAGCAGCAACAACGUCAGGUCUCUCUCCGCACACCCUCGAAGUUCUCGGCCGAAUCAUCUCCUGGAUGUCUACAGUCCUCUACCUCGGCUCGCGGCCGCCCCAGCUCUACAAGAACUACUGCCGGAAGAGCACCUCGGGCCUCUCUCCGCUGCUCUUCAUGGCCGCCUUCAGCGGUAACUUCUUCUACUCAGCCUCUCUGCUCACCAACCCCAACGCCUGGUACGACUUCCCCGCGCACGGCGGCGGCGGCUGGGCAGACGCCGACGGCAACAACCGCGCCGAGUGGGUCAGCCGGGCCAUCCCCUUCUUCUUCGGUGCGUUCGGCGUCCUCGCCUUCGACGGCACCAUGGGCGUGCAGUUCUUGAUGUACGGAUCCCGUGACGACGAGUCCAUCAUGGAGGUCGAGGACCCUAAGGAUGGUCGCAGUCACUGGACCCGCGUUCGCGGCUGGAUGAGGGGCUGGAUCCCCUCCGUGUCCUCCUCGGCCGUCGUCACGCCGCGCAACCCCGAGAAUCAGGCUCUCCUCCAUCAGCAUGACUGCGAGAGAUACGGGACUGUUUGA